GGUAAGAUUUAGCUCAAGGUGGUGAGUUCGCGGGAACUAAAAUAAAGGGACUUUUCAGGCAGUUUACGAUGGAAAUGUGCAAUAUGGUAGUUAUAUUUUUAAUAGAUGGUUAUAUCUAGGUUGAAUAAGGAGGGUCAACAUGCAUAAUUUCAACUUUUCCCCACCGCUUUUGGCCUGAGAUCACGGGCACUCUCUCGCUGCCAAACCAACAAAUAUGGCGGACGGCAGUGAGAUCGAAUCGGGCCUUUUGAUGGAAGUGACAACAGCCCCUAGCACCCUUAGUCAGGCCGCCCCGGUGCAAAUCGUAUCGGUGACGGAUGGGCAUGUGUCAGUCCCGAGUGAGGGUCAGGUUGCUGAAGAUAUUCUUCAGCAGGCCUUCGUAGGAGCAGAAGAUUUUACACCAAAUACUGUUGAAUACACAAGUGGCGAAACAGUGGAAGAUACAUCUGUCGCUGCUGAAAUUGUAAACAAUGUUAUUGCCGAAGACAGUUUGGUCACAAACGUUGCAGAUUCGGUGGCAGAAACCACAACUUUCACAGGUGUUGAAUAUGGGGUUGUUGGGACAGAAUCUGAGGUGGGAAGUGCGGAAGUAGCGUUAGUGGAAGAAGGGGAAGAGAAUGGCAUGGUUCAGUCAAAUGGCAACACAGUAGUAAGUGUAACGUCAGUGAUGGAACAGACUGAACCAUCAGAUUCCAAUAGUCAGACUGUUGUUGCCAGUAGUCAACAAGCACAGACAGGAAGUGUCAGUGUGGCUGUCAUCCCAGGCACAGGACCAAACCUUGGCUCAAGUCAUAACCCCAUUCGCAUCAUCCAACAAGGAAAUCAGUACACACCGGUUCAACAACUGACUGCUGAGCAACUACAGCAGAUAAUGCAAGUAGUGCAACAACAACAACUUGCCAAAAGUACAUCACAAGGUGGUGGGUCAAGUGUUUUGUUCAAUCCACAGACUAAUACACGGAUAGUUUACCGAGUCAUCUAUCCAUCAGAACUGCACAAAGGUGGCACUGCUGUGGUGACAACGUCAACAGUGUCGCAGGGGCAGCAGGAUUUACUUGGUGGUCAUCAUAAGAGACCAUACAGAAGGCGAGUCCGAGAAGAUGAGGAUGAUAAAGUUGAAGGACCAGAACUUUCCAAGGAGGAAAAGGAGGAGAGAAAAAAACAUAGACCUAGAACAAGGUCAGGUCGGGUGUCAAAACCUCCCAAGCACAUGAUGAAAGACUAUAAACAUAUCCAUGUUUUGGACUGGGAUGAAGAUUAUGAUGAUUCUGAUGGAGGCUACUCAGACUACAAAUGCAGUGAUGAGGAGAAGCGACGCAAUGAAGAAGGGGAGGCCUUGGAGAAAGAGGAGGCUACAUAUGUUUAUCCAGGUCUUGGUUCAACCCGCCCCAAGAAUUACAAGUGUGACACUUGUGAGAAGGCGUAUAUCGGACAAGCGGGUUUGAGUCGACAUUAUCGCCUAAAUCCUUCACAUGGCUCCAUACCUGAAGGAGAACAGGAAGACGACAGGAGUCAAGAUGGGUCUGGACGAACAAAUGGAAACAUAGGCAGCUUAUCAGAGGACAGUAAUACUCAAGAUUCAAUACCCGGACUGGGGUUGGUUUGUACAGGGACUCCUUCACCAGUAGCCAAAAGAGGGAACAUCCACUCCAGCCGUGGGCGGGGAAGGGGACGUCACCUACAGGAACUCUCACUAUCCAGACGGAAAGCCAAAUUAAAAGAAAUUGUACGACAGUGUGAGGAUGAGGAUCUGAUGGAGAUUGUGUUACCCCGACUGGCCAAGGUGAUCACGCUGUGGGAGUUCCUCCUCAUGAAGGUGGAGAAGGGUUACCCGUCACGGCCACAUGUUGAUGACAUUUACCGGGAGUUCGAGGCCCUCCACAAGCAGGUCCAAAAAGUCUGCCAACUCUAUCUCAGUCCUCGCAACAAGGACAAGUCAGAAUCUAACUCUACUCAGUCAUUGCAGGUUGAGAAUGUCCAGCUGGCUCAAGCCCUUGGCCUUGAAGUGGGGAUGUUUGAUGUGAAAGAGAUGCCAGCAGAAGAAACCCCCACAUUCCAGUUCAAACUAACACCAGAGACCAUAGCCUCCCCUAGCAAACCGAUGCCAGUCCGCCGCAAGAUCCAGGUGACCACCCCCGACCAGACGCCUGGGCUGUCGGCUGCUAAACGCCCUAGGACAGUUUCUGUACUUUCGGACUCAAGUCCUGUUAAAAACAAUAGUGCUACAUCAACUUCAAUUCUGAAAGGGACACAGAAUGUUCAGUUCCGUGUGGUCUCUGCAUCCUCACCGGCAGCUUCAUUGACAACUCCUCACAUAAUUGCUGUGUCCAACCCCCACAGUGUAGGGAUGGUCAACAACAACACUGCAUCUGCCUCACGUUUUGUGACAGUUUCAAAUCCCAACAUGGUGACAGUUUCAAAUCCCAACAUAGUGACAGUUUCAAAUCCAAACAUAGUGACGGUGUCGAAUCCCAACAUUGUGACAGUGUCGAAUCCCAAUAUUGUGACAGUGUCAAAGCCCAGUAACACAGCUUCUUCCGUUCCGCAUGUCGUGGCUCUUUCAAAUUCUAGUAUUGUAUCACACCCUCAGAUAUUGACUGUGUCAAAUGCUAAUGUGUCUGGUUCAAACAUUACAACUGUUCAACCGAAGACGGUUGUGAGACCACCAGAAUCAAGUGUUCAGACCACAUCUCAGGUUGGAGGUGUCAGUAAAUCUCAUGAAAUCCUUACCUCUCAGGCAGCUACUUCCACAAUGCUAUCCAGUAGUACAGAGACAGUUGUUGCUGUAGAGACAGAUAGUGUGUCAGUUGCAGACACUAUGAACCAGAACAUUGUGUCUGCUGUCAACAGUGCUAACUUAGUAAUGAACAGCAACGGCCCUGGUGUCAGUAGUGCUAGUAACAGCAUUGAAAGUGCUCCCAAUGGUGAACCUGUUACCCUCAGAACUAUCCUUGUUAAUGGUGGAGUGACGAAUGAUGGUGGUGUUAAACAGCUUCAGCCUCUUGUCCAGGAAGCCCUUCAUACUAAUAUUCAGAAUAUUCAGGUGGUGGAAAGCCUGGAAGAAGCUCAGCAACUAAUUCUUGCACAAUCUCAAAUGAAUGGUGUCGACCCGUCUUCAAAUAUUGCCACCCUAGCUGAAGUCGUUCACAAUGAAUCUGAGUUUAUUGAACAAACCAUUGAAGGUGAUGUGAAAAGAGAAAUUGUUCUCAAUCCUGUUGAAGCCAAAUCUGAAGAAGUGGAUCCUGGCGAGGUGCAAGGCCAGAUUGUGAGUGCUGAGCAAAUCGAGGGACAAGUGAUAAGUCAAGAUCAGAUAGUGACUCAUUCCAAUAUCUAUCAGACAGAGGAUGGUAUAUUAAUCAUACAGAAUCCAGAUGGAACCACGUUCCAGCUGCAGGGUGCUGAGGGCAUACCGUUAGAGACAGUUCAGGCCUUACUGGCCAUGGAGGGACAGUUUGAGGGUGGGGAGGCAGUUCAAGCUGAGCUUCAACAGUAGCAUCUUGCAUUGUUAUCUCACUGCUUUUGCCAGAGUUCUUGUUCUGAUGUAAGGAAAACUAACAGCAAACAAAUUGUCAUUGGAGAAUAAUUUUAACCUUUACAAAUCCUCCAAAUGAUUUGUUCUACAUUAUUCUAAAGGUAAUAGGAUUUCUUUAAUAUCCAGCAGAAAUAUUGACAUGCUUGAAACCAGGAUAUGUUUCCUCGCGUUUGUAAUUGCCCCAAUGUUUAGAGAAGUAACUUCCUUUCACUUGCAGUGUUUUGAAUUGGUUAAAAGGCUAAAAUGCAAAUUUGUCCCUUUUGGGAUUGAUGGUUACCUUGUGGACAGUGUUGAAGUGGGUGCUGUGGAAGUAAUGGAAUAUAUGCACCUGGUUUUCAUGAGAUAAAGGGUGAAGAAGAAAAA